AGGGGGAGGGCCGCUUUGUGCGCCACACACAGAUCCAAAACUACACGGACAUUGAAGCACCAACACGGGGACUGUCCUGCUGCAAGUCUCCUGGAGGACGCUAAAGCUAAAAUCCCCCGGGAAGUUGAGCGGAAUACGAGCCUAAAAAACUUCCCCGUCGAGUAAAAGAAAGGAGAAAACUAAAAAAAAGCGGAGGCCGUCUGAGUUUGCUCUGGAGGAUACUGCUGCUGCUGCUGCGUUGUGAGGAAGCUGGCUACUUUCCCAACUCUGAGAGGCUGAUUCAACCACAAGAUGAACCCCGAGCUGAAGGACCAGAAUGGCUGCACACAGUGAACACCUGGAAUUAUACUUGCUUUGACAACAUCUUUUAGAAUCGCCAGAGAACUUUGGACGGAACGCUCAGAACGCCCACAAAUCUAAGCUGUGAUUUGUAUCUGUGGAUCCUAACUAAGAGACUGCCAUCAUGCCGAUUCUCAAGCAGCUGGGGAACAACCUGAACCAGUCAAAGCGGAGGUCUCGGGCCGACCUGACCGCUGAGAUGAUCAGCGCUCCAUUGGGGGACUUCCGUCACACCAUGCACGUGGGCCGAGGCGGCGACGCCUUCGGGGACACUUCGUUUCUUAGCACCCGAUCAGGGGAACCUCCAAAGGAGCCGGACACCAAGCAGGGCUCCCCAGGUCCCAAACCAGGACUGUUGUCCCGCACCUUCAGAAGCAGCAAGCGGUCCCAGUCGGUGAACCGGGGCGACAAGUACGAGUACAACGUGGUGCCUUCUGCUGGCUCGUCUCAGUUUGUGAAAAACGCCAUAUCCCUGCCUUACCUAAACGAUGAGGGCACGAACAGAAGUCACCAGCUGCCCAAGAGCGUUUCCUCGAGCCCCAUGAAGAAGCUGACGGAGAUCGAAAGCAAACCGGUGAACGGAGCGGCAGCGAUGGCGACGAUCGACGCGGAGUUUGACGAGAGGAACUUCGGCGAACUUACAGAUUUGCCUCCAUCCAUGCCGAAGGGAAGCGGGAUGAAGCACGCAGAGUCUAUGAUGUCCUUCCACAUCGACCUGGGGCCCUCCAUGCUCGGGGACAUCUUGAGCGUGAUGGAGAAGAAGGGCUGGGAGGAUGACGAUCUGGGCUACGAGGAAGGCAAAGGCAGCGAGGGCCACGGGUCGCCUUCCCUCAUCCCCCACAUAGACGACGAUGAUGCGGAGGAGCAGGCGCCUGCACGGCCGCCUCGCAGCAUGUACCAGCACAAAGCCAUGGUGGAUCCCUACACCCCGGAGCUGCACGCCAGGAACAACCACCACAACAUGGAUAGCUGCUCCGUGUCCAGCUCUGGCUCCGUCACAGAGGAGAAACCCCAGUACCACCUCCACGAUGGCGACACGGACAGCGCAAAGUACAGUUCACCACGUGGAGAGGACGACAGAGAUUUCACCUUCAUGGAUGAGGAUGAUGACGAUGAGAUCCGAGUGUAGACUGAGACGAUAUGACUGCCAUGAAGGACACUAGAGGAGAAGAGCAGGUUUAGGGAGGCUUUAACAAGCAGAAGGCAGGAGAGAGGUUUACAGGCAGGGCCACAUGUGGGUUAAGCUUCUUGUAGAUCAAUGUCAUAUCUGCACACUUUGUUCAGCAUCAUAAACAACCAAUUAAGCCUUUUUCACUCUGCUGUAGCGAGGACUGUGAGCUAAAUGCAGAGUACGGACACACUGGCUCCACAAAUAGCUCUCUUCGAAUGUUUGUUGAUGCAGUUUUGCAACAUCAAACUCUGAGCUCAUCAUUAUUGGUAGAUUUAAAUUUUCAAGUGAUACGGCUCCCACGUUUGAAGAAGAAGAAUCAGCACAGCAUGCGUUAGGAGUGGGCGAUCCAGUGAUCUUAUAUAACGGGCAGGAAAAUCUCAGUCUGGUAUACGUUCUGCUCGUCUUCCAGAUGGCGUCAUUACGAGUGCUAUAUGUAGCUGAACUGAUAGAAGCAGUCAUUUGAAGCGGCAGCCUCUCGGUCCAGGUCACUGUCCAACGACGUGGUCACCAGUUCAGCUAAUUCUGAGGGGAGAAUUGCGAUUUAGAUCAAAAGACUGUCGUACGAUCUUUUCACCCGAUCGCCCACUCCUACAAUUAUCCACAAACAUUACACUCAAUUUAAGAAGCAGUAAAAAGUGACGGUGGGAUUAGAGAAUGGGUAAUGUGGAGGUGAAGACUGAGGGAUGAAGGAAAGGGUAAAGGGAAAGUGGGAUAGCGAUCAUGGAGCCUGAUCUGACAGCUUUAGACACUAAACACAGAAAGUUGUUCUUACUUUUGAUCAUGUCUGAGUUUAAGGAGCGAUUCAUGCUUUUUCUUUUUUUCUUACUUCAUUGUAUGUUCAUACAGUAUCUGGAAGCUGGUGUCCAGUAGUUUAUUCUUUUGAAAGCUGAUCUGCAUUCUUUGGUUUCACGGGCAGCAGUGAUAUUUAUUUAUUCAUUUUCAUAAGGGAUGGAUCAUUCAUAAUGUGCACUGCUCAGUCUUAAAAGUUUGAUUUGGGAUUUUUUGAUAUGAGUUUCUUAAGAAAAUGUCUUAAAGGUACUACAGAGUGAGUCCUCUGCUUCAAGGUUGGCCCAAAGGCCUUUAAGUAAACACGGAAUUGUCUGGUGGAGUUUGGCGAUUGGACGACUCUAUUGGUGAUUGGCUGAUUCUGUAGAUUUUUUUUCUCACUUUAUUUUGAUAAUUUGAUGCUCUGUCUAUUUGAGAAUUCAUCUCAGCAAAUAAAUAACGUGUAAAGCACAA